AUGGCCCCGUCUUUCCUGAGAAAAUUGAGUCUUCGCCGCCGUCGCGAUGACAACAACAUCGAGUCUUCUCCGCAUUCGGAAGUCCCAAAAAUGCGGGGAGCAAUCCAAGCACUUCCAUUGUUGUCCACACAAAACAACAAUCCCGAAAACAACCGGCAUGCAGACGCUUAUAAGGCAGAGAAGUACGAUGCACUCUGCAGACUUCAUGCUCAGCCUGCCAACGCAUCCAAGUCCGACCCCGACCAAUCCCCACAAGACACUCAAGCCCUUAUAGAACCCGGCGUUGACCCCUCAGACCAAGAACCAGCCUUCACCUGGCAGGACGUUGAGCCACGGACGGAUUUCAACCCACCAUCAAUCUUAGAAUACUUCAAUUACGAAUUGUCACCUACCGAAAAGGAUAAUCUGCUCUAUAUGGAGACCCAACGGCAGUCCUCCGCGCGGAGCGCAGGAACAAUACCGCAGCUCUCUACUGUGCCCGAAGCACGAGAGCUACGAUCCGCGCUGGAGCGCGCAGUUCAGGCGAGAAUGCUCGGGAUUUCAACUACUUUACCCCCAUACAACGAAGUGAGCGGUGCCGUGAUCGUCAACCAGGAAGGCCUCCCGCACUUUCUCUCGCCGCAGGAGGAGGAGGAACGACAGGUCUCGUUGAGGCGCGCAGUCGAGGAGAGGAUGUUGGGCCUUCCGCGUCGAACGAGCUUUACCUGGGCGCAAUCGCAUGGCCCUUCGUUACCGUCUUAUUCGCCUGCGAGGUACAAGUGA